UGUAUAUAAAACGCAUGCGCAAAUUACCACCACGAGGUCUGGACAUUUCACUUUGAUCAAUAGAACAGCUAGACUCUAGCAAGUCGUGUGACACCGAUGCAAAUAAUAACCUUGAAGAAUGUUUUGAUAAAGAAAAUGACUUCGUCAUUUGUUGGCGAGAUGAUGACUGGCCAUUUGAUGCGGAUCUUGCAUGUCUUCUGAUGCAAUGUUGCAGGAUGGAUGACAAACUGAUACAGGACACGUGAUCCAACAGAAUGCAGUUGGUGGUGGAAAGGAUGUGACUUGGACCAGGAUCAGUUCAGUCCACAGUCCAUUCCCUGAUACCACACGGAGGCAUGUAUAGGACAUAGCUACAGAGGAGAGGCUCUUGAUUUCUUCAGUGCUGUGCAACAACUCACUCUGUGGGUAAUGGGCUUCAGCAAGAGGAGUGCCCUGGAAUGUCUUGUUUUCCAUGGUGAAAUUGACUACAAAGACGGCACCCCAGGCCUUGUGAAAUUACAGUACAAAUUGAUAUAAGCAUUUACUAUCCCUUGUCAAAUGAAAAUAAAUGUUUGGGAUAAACACUACAAAGUAUGUUAAUUUGAAUGACUGAUCAUUUCAGAAAUGUGUGAAGUGUCUCAUAUAGUGCUGUCUUGGCAAUAGAACAUUGAAAUGGCAUUGAAGGUGAAGGUUACACAAACUCGAUUGAAAUGCAUGUAGGGAAAUUGGUUAACCUGGCCGUUUACUAGAAUGGCUAAACCAUGGUAGCAUGAGAAGUUGAGUGGUCAGGACCAAAGCCUGCAUAUACUGUGCAAUGAGAGGAAAUUAAGAUUUGCUUACAUUGAUACUGAGGGAUUUACUCAGCCUAUUCAGUAGUUGACAUUUUGCCUGAUGCAACAAAGUUGACACUUAUGGCAGGGUGGUGCACUCCCUAAUGUGAAGUAUGCAACCAAUUGUGUUCGCUACAAAUAACAUGUAUAUACGGCCUGUACGUACAGCACGGAAUGUUCAGGCCGACCUUCACCGGAAGUGCCUGGAGAAGGGGGAGGAGAUUAUUGUGCCACGUUGAUGGAGCCGAAGACCAGUGCGGACGUGGAAUUUCAUUGAAUCUGCAUUCUGCAGCCGAGAGCUGUCGCCUUGUUAAUAAGCUUGCACAAUAAAGAAAAGGGAACUAGCACGAGUGAUCAACGUUUUUGUCGCAUAUCGACUGUGUAUGUAUGUGUUCAUGUUAUAAGAGCGAACAGAACUGAGAAGGAUGAAGCUCAAAGAGAUCAACCGCACGGCCAUCCAGAGCUGGAGCCCAGCACAGCACCAUCCUGUGUACCUGGCAGCAGGUACGUCAGCCCAGCAGUUGGAUGCCUCCUUCAGUACCACCGCCUCUCUGGAGAUCUUUGAGCUGGACCUGGCCGACCCUUCUCUGGACAUGAAGCUCCGCGGAGCAUACUCCUCCUCUCACAGAUACCACAAGCUGGCGUGGGGUCCCCAUGGCAUGGAUGCACAGGGUCUCCCAUCUGGAGUGCUCAUCGCGGGGGGAGAGAAUGGUGACGUCAUCCUGUACGACCCGGCCAAGAUCAUUGCUGGACACAGUGACGUUGUCAUCGCUCAGAGUGACAAACACAGCGGGCCGGUCAGAGCCCUUGAUGUCAACUCCUUCCAGACCAACCUGGUGGCUUCAGGAGGUAAUGAAUCAGAGAUCUACAUCUGGGACCUGAACAACUUUGGCUCCCCGAUGACACCAGGCCCUAAAACUCAGCCUCUGGAGGACAUCAGCUGUGUGGCGUGGAACAGACAGGUCCAACACAUCCUGGCCUCGGCCAGCCCCAGCGGCCGCGCCUCCAUUUGGGACCUCCGCAAGAACGACCUAAUCAUCAAAGUCAGCGACCACAGCAACAGGAUGCACUGCUCUGGGCUAGAGUGGAACCCGGAGGUAGCUACUCAGCUGGUGCUGGCCUCGGAGGAUGACAGAAUGCCAGUGAUCCAGAUCUGGGACCUGCGUUUCGCCACCUCCCCUCUCAAAGUCCUGGAGAACCACACACGGGGUGUCCUGGCCAUCGCCUGGAGUCUAGCUGACCCUGAGCUGCUACUGAGCUGUGGGAAGGACAACAGAAUCCUCUGUUGGAACCCCAACACCGCCGAGGUGCUGUAUGAGCUGCCUACCAGUACCCAGUGGUGCUUUGACAUCCAGUGGUGCCCCAGGAACCCCGCGGUGCUGUCGGCUGCAGCCUUCGACGGACACAUCAGCAUCUACUCCAUCAUGGGGGGCAGCAGCCAGGCUUUCAGCCAGACACAGGCAGACACGAUCAGCACGUCGUUUGGCAACAUGGAUCCGUUUGGGAUGGGACAGACCCUGCCCCCCCUGCAGCUUCCCAAGGCCCCGGCUGCCCACACCACCAUCACUCCCCUCAAGAAGCCUCCCAAGUGGAUCCGCAGGCCCGUGGGGGCCUCCUUCGCUUUUGGUGGUAAGCUGGUGUCGUUGGAGAACAUCAAGCCCAACCCCCAGCAGCCUCAACAGCCCACAGCCCAUGUGGUUCACAUUAGUCAGGUGAUCACGGAGACGACCUUCCUGGAGCGCUCGGCCCAGCUGCAGGACACGCUGGCUGCAGGCAGCUUCAUUGACUUCUGCCAAGAGAAGAUAGACUCUGCCCAGAACGAGUUUGAGAAGACCGUCUGGUCCUUCCUGAAAGUGAACUUUGAGAAUGACACUCGUGGAAAAUACCUGGAGCUUUUGGGAUACAAGAAGGAGGAGCUAGCAGCAAAGAUUGCAGCAGCAUUAGAGGGAGAACCUAUUCAGCCCGAGGAGCCCGCCCCUGCUCCUGUCCCCACCUCUGAUCCUGAACUCGAGGCUGAACCUGGACCAGAGGUAGUGCCCAUUCCCGCUCCGCAGCUCAGCGCCGAGCCUGAGGUCCUUCCUCCCAUGCCUGAGGCGGCUGUUGAGGCCACCCCCGAACCUCCGCUUGAGCCCGCCCUCCAGCCCGAACCCGGACCCCAGCCAGAGCUUGCCCCCCCGCUCAGCCGUGACCUUUCACCUUCUGAUCCUAUGCCUGUCCUCCAAUCGGAGCCUGUCCCUACUCUUGACCUCAGCGCAGAACCCCAGCUUCUUGCCCCUGUUGCUCCCAUUGCUCUCCUGCCAGAGUCUGACCCAGCUCUGGCACUUCCAGCUGACCUGCAGCAAGUACCCGUGUUUGAUCCCACUGCCUCCUUUACCCUCCAGCCUCCGACAGAGUUCAACCAAGUGAACUCACUGCCUGUAUCUGAAUUUGAUCAGGUAGCUUUGCAGCAUGUAUUAGAAUUUGACCUGGUGGCCUUGCAGCCUGUAUCUCAGUUCAACCAAGUUGACUUACAGCCUGUUUCUGCGUUCAACCAGGUGGACUUACAGCCUGUAUCCGACCUCACCAACCUGCAGCCAGUACCCGGCUUCGACCCAAUGUCAUCGAUGCCCAGUCUGCAGCCGGCAGCCCAGCUGGACUUGGUUCCUCCUCCUGUCCCCACCCUGCAACCUCUAGCAGACCCUGGACUCCUCUCCACGGACCUCCCACCUGAAGACGCAUUUGACCUCAUCGCUGCUACAAAUCUCCAGCAAGCAGCGGAACUGGAACUCACACCUGCUCCGGAACCAGAAGCGGAAGAUCCAUUUGACCUCAUCGCCGCUACAAAUCUCCAGCAAGCAGCGGAACCGGAACUCACACCUGCUCCGGAACCAGAAGCGGAAGAUCCAUUUGACCUCAUCGCCGCUACAAAUCUCCAGCAAGCAGCGGAACCGGAACUCACACCUGCUCCGGAACCAGAAGCGGAAGAUCCAUUUGACCUCAUCGCCGCUGCAAACCUCCAGCAAGCAGCGGAACUGGAAGUGACAGGAGCUCUGGAACCAGUGGCAGCAGAAGUAGACCUGACAGAGGCUGAGGCCCCUGAAGCUGAGCCCAUCGCCCAGGAAGAGAUGCCAGUAGAUGAAGAGAUUCCUCUGGAGGAGGAGGUGGCUCCACCAGUCGAAGAAGAGGACAGCCUCCCAGAGGAGGCCCCAGCUCCAGUCCCCGAGGGCGUUAAACUCUGUGUCAGUCAAGGCGUGGACGGCCUGAUCACCCAGGCCCUGCUGACCGGGGACUUCGAGGGCGCAGUGGAACUCUGUCUCCAUGACAACCGCAUGGCCGACAGCAUCAUCCUGGCCAUCGCCGGAGGGGCGGAGCUUCUGGAGAAAACACAGAGGAAGUACUUCACCAAGACUCACAGCAAGAUCACCAAGCUGAUCAGUGCAGUGGUGAUGAGGGACUGGCGUGAUGUGCUGCAGACCUGUGAGCUGCAGAACUGGAAGGAGGCUCUGGCUGCAGUCAUGACCUACGCUCAGCCUGAGGAGUUCUCCUCUCUGUGUGACCUGCUGGGCUGCAGACUGGAGGCCGUGGAGGACAGCACGCUGCAGGCUCAGGCUUGUCUGUGUUACAUCUGCGCUGGCAACGUGGAGAAACUGGUGUCCUGCUGGACCAGAGCCCAGGACAGACACUGCCCCCUCUCUCUGCAGGACCUGGUAGAGAAGGUGGUGGUGCUCCGCAGGGCGGUAGAGCAGACCCAGGAGUCUGGUCCCUCUGCUGUGGGGCUUCUACUGGGCGAGAAGAUGAGUCAGUAUGCCAGCCUGCUGGCCUCCCAGGGCAGCCUCACCACCGCCAUCGCAUACCUGCCACAGAACACAGAGCAGGUUGCAGUACUGCAGCUGCGUGACCGUCUCAGCAGAGCUCUGGGCCAACAGGCUCCUGCUGCAGGUCCAGCCCUAACCCCAGUAGCCCAGGUCCAGCCCCAACUCCCAUCCCCCCAGCCCAGGCAGCUCUUCGCCCCUGCCCAGCCUUCUAUGGUGUCCCAGCAGCCCGCACCAGCCCCUGUGCCUGCCGCUGCCCCUGCACCACAACAGUAUUAUCAGCCGGUGAGGUCUGCCUCUACAGUGACCUCCUGGAGUAACCAAACUCCCACAGCUCUCCCCAGUGUCCCUCCUCCUCCUCCUCAUCUAGGCCCUGCCACCACAGAGCCCCAGGCUCAGCCGACACCCGCCAUGUAUGGGAUGCCUCCCACUGGGUCGGCUGCCCCCCCAGACUCCUCGGCCGCUGCAUACCCCCCCAUGUACUCACAUCAGUACCAGCCCUACCCUCCGGCCAGCCAGUACAACCCUGGCACUGGUGGCCCAGCUAUCUAUUCACCGCUCCAGUACUCUACUCCUCCUCCUCCCUCCUUCUCUUCCUCCUCACCCCAAGCCCCAGCUCCAGGCUUCAUGCCCCAAUACACUCAACAACCCCUCUACCCACCUCCUUCAAUGGGCCAGCCUGUGUCCUCCGCUCCUCCUUCUCAUCCUCCUUUCUCUCCUCCUCCACUGUCGUCUGGAGCAUCUUUCCAACAUGGUGGACCGGGGUCGCCUGCCUCUUACAUGCCGCCGCUUCCACCGACCGGAUCCUCAGGUACACAGCCUGAUCCGGCCUCUCAGAGAACAGAGGGAUAUAGUCCAGACACUACCUGUUUCAUGGAAGGUGAAGGCCCUCAGAAUGGCUGGAACGACCCUCCUACCCUGAGCAGAGUGCCAAAGAAGAAGAAGGUUCCAGAGAACUACACCCCACCUUCCCCCAUCACGGCCCCCAUCUUUUCUCCCCUCGGUGCCGGGGACCCCCAGCAGCCCCCCUCCAUGCCCCCAGGCCAGGCCCAGAACCAGGCCCCCUACCAGGGCAUGCAGCAGCAGCAGCAGAUGGCCCCCCCACCCAUGAACCCUGGCAUGCUCAAGACACGUGGAGGAAGUGUGGAGGGAGCGCCUGGAGCCCCUAUUGGAGAUGUCAUACAUCCGCUGCAGUCCAUCCCUGCUGAGAAGAUCACUAAGAAGCCCAUCCCUGAGGAGCACCUGAUCCUGAAGAGCACCUUUGAGGGCCUCAUCCAGAAGUGCUUGGCUGCUGCCACAGACCCUCAAACCAAGAGGAAGUUGGAUGAUGCCAACAAACGCCUCGAGGCCCUCUACGACAAGCUACGAGAGCAGACACUCUCCCCAGCCAUUGUAGGGGGCCUGCACAACAUGGUGCAGUGCAUCGAGUCUCGUUCCUACAUGGAGAGCCUCAACAUCCACACACACAUAGUGAGCAGCAGCAACUUCAGCGAGACGUCUGCCUUCAUGCCUGUGCUCAAGGUGGUGCUGACACAAGCCAACAAGCUGGGGGUCUGAGCAGGAGGAGAGACCCUCGCCCACUCCUCAGUCUGAGGUGAGAUGGAGAAGAAUUGGUCAGAGAUGAUGUCAUAACAGAGAUCAGGAAGUAGACAUAGGGAGCCAGGUGUUUUUAAUCAGCUCAUUUCAGUGGGAGUUCCAUGUGGCUCCCAGUGCAGAUAUUAUACUUCCUGUAGAAUCGUGAGAUUUUACGACAUCACUGUCCGAUCCUUCUUCAUCCCAUUCUGGACUCAGAGACCCCUCCCCCUUCUCUUUUACAACUCAAACACAAGCUAUGCCACCAGUAUCACUACAGUAUAGUAAACACAUGUGGGACAUAGGACCAAGAUUUAUUGAUAUUGCCAGUCUUAUCGUUGUCACUGGGAUAAUAUGUUAAAAAGCCAAACAACCCAGUUUUGAGGAUCAUGUUUUAUGUUGUUUUUAGAAAAGAAAAUGUUUUAUUUUCUUGUUCAUUUUCAGUGUAAUCAUGGUUUUCAGACAGAGCAGAGUGCAAUGGGGGCUGCUCCCCUUUUAACCAGAGACUGUACUUUAAAACACGGAAACCAGAGACUGUACUUUAAAACACAGGCGGAAUGCACGCUAAGAUAUGCCUGGGCUCAUUGUCAGACUGUUUUAAUUGGGUAUUAUUAAUAUCAGGUUUAAUAACGAGGGAACUAGCUUUUUAUAAUGGUCGUCAUGCCAUCAUAAAUUUCACGCGACAGCGUCCAUUUUUUUCUUCUCAGUUCUAGUCUUCAGUAUGAUUUAGGCUGUUGAUUAAACAGUCUAUUUGUCUCUAUGUUGGUAAGAACAGAAAGACACUUAUGUUGCAAAUGGGACAUUUUAAAAUCGACAACAUGCAAUAUUUUCAAUAAAUAGUAUUUAUUUAAAACAUGCUGCUUCAUUGUUUGCUUAAUAUCAGUUGCUUUGAGAUGUUACUAAUUAAUGUUUGUCAUAAACAGCUUGGAUGUCAUGUUUUAAUAGACUAAUUGUCUUUCAGUUUACAAAUACUGGCCAGUUAACUAAUCUCCUGAUACUUUAUGCAGUGUCUGAAUGCAAUGUGAGUGUGUUAGAACGGAUAAUGAGACGUAUGUGGCUUAACUGUAUGGAUCCAUCUUCAGCCUUGACCUAAAGAGUUUUUAGUAUCUUGAAUUUGUAAUAUUCUUAUGUAUUUACAAAAUAAAGAGUCACUAUUAGCUUUUAUAACGA